UUUCUAGAGCCAUGCAUGCUGUUAAAUAUUUAGAACUACUUUUUUCAUCUCUACAAAAGACGACAGUUCAGUUGUCUUUACUUGCAUGUAGAAUCACACAGAUAGUGUUAGAUUCUGGUAAUCGACGCAUAAAAACACAAACAAAAGCUUCUCAGAUUUGUCCUGUAUGUUUUGCUAUGAAGUUAGCCAAAACAUCAGAGCCUCCAAUAAGAAGUUGGCGCUUAGGUGUGUUAUUGCCAUACUCAAUAAUAAGUCUGCUGUUUGUCUUAUAAGGCGCUGAGUUCAGUAUGUUAUUGUCCACAAGCUCAAGGAUGUCUGGUGGAGGGUACACAGAGUCCCUGAAGCACCCGUAGGAGAAUCAGAACUGAAGGAAAUCAAGGAACAAUUUCUCAUCCUGCAGUUGAACCAUCCACACCUCAAACCAUGCUGAGACUGUUCAACUGUGCUGUCUAUCUCUGCUGGAUUUCUGUGCUUCUACAUGGAUCUGCAUCUUUUACUUCUAACAUUUCAGCCCACAUCCAGCCUCUAAAUGUGACUGUUGUUCAAGAUGAGCAGGACACAGGCUGGGAUUCACCAUUUCUCCAGCUGAGAGCCAGUCUACCGUCCUACUCGCAGCCGGUCCGCCCGUACACCCUGCUGACCGCCGCUGAAGACCGCCACCACCUGCCCAAACCCAGACAUCGCCGCCCUUCUCGCCUCCUGCGUCUUCUGGGAUCUUUUGACCUGUUUUGGAUGUCCACGGAGCAGCCGUCUGAAGCCUCUGGGGGCCACAUUGAAGGUGAACUUUUGGGUAAAUCCUCACUGAGAGAGGCUGCAGCCAAGCAUCGCCAGAAGCUGGUAGAGGAAGCUGCAGAUCUGGACCUCGGCUCUCUGUCCUCACAUGUUGCCGGUUCAGUCAGAGACUGGUUGGUGCGUUCUGCCACUUGUGGAUUGAGCUACCAAUGGGUGGAUCUGGGUCCGGCUUUCUGGCCACGCUGGCUGCGGCAGACUGACUGUGACAGAUCAGAUGGAGUGCGAAGCUGCUCCUUUCCCGGUGGGAUGGAGUGUGUGCGAGCUCAGACAGCUCAGAUAAAGAUUCUGGCGUGGCACUGCUUAGAAAUCAGAGAUGGAGGAGAUGGGUCCAGAAGCUUUAAAGCUAACGGGUCUGAUGGCAGCACUGACAUGGUGACAGGUGAAGUCAUGAAAAGGUGUAUGUGGAGGCAAGUGCCUUAUCCUGUGGUCACUGCAUGUACAUGUUCAUGUAAAUGAAUGUUUUUCAAUUCACAUUCAGAUGUCAAUACUCAUCUUCAGAUUGUUUUUUAUAUGCAUAUG